AUCGCUGUUAUCAGAAAACAACAACUAGACGUCUUUCCAUUGGCCCAAUGAUGUUAUCAUUGUGUCGCUCGUUACGUGUUUGACGAAAAACUCAGUAGUUAGUGAAAAUUCCUAAGGGACAAUACGUUUUUAUUGAAAAUGGCUGGGAAUUUUUGGCAAAGUUCGCAUUACCAACAAUGGAUAUUGGACAAGCAAGAUCUAGUCAGAGAGCGUCAAUUAGAUUUACAAAUUUUAAGUGAAGAAGAAUAUCAAAAAAUAGGAAUAUUCUUUUCUAAUUUUAUUCAAAUUUUAGGUGAACAAUUAAAACUUAAGCAGCAAGUAAUAGCUACAGCAACAGUUUAUUUUAAAAGAUUUUAUGCCAGGAAUUCUCUCAAAUGUAUUGAUCCUUUGUUAUUAUCUCCAACUUGUGUUUUCUUAGCAUCAAAAGUUGAAGAAUUUGGUGUAAUAUCAAAUAGCCGUUUAAUAACUACUUGCCAGACAGUUUUGAAAAAUAAAUUGAACUAUGCAUAUACUCAAGAAUUUCCUUAUCGUACUAAUCAUAUAUUAGAAUGUGAAUUUUAUUUAUUGGAAAAUUUGGAUUGUUGUUUGAUUGUAUUUCAACCUUAUCGUCCAUUGCUUCAAUUAGUUCAAGAUAUUGGACAACAUGAAGACCAAUUAUUAGCAUUAGCAUGGAGAGUAGUGAAUGAUAGUCUUAGAACUGAUUUAUCAUUAUUAUAUCCACCAUAUCAAAUAGCUAUAGGAUGUUUACAAAUUGCAUGUGUUAUUAUGCAAAAGGAUCUCAAAUCAUGGUUUGCAGAACUAAAUGUGGACAUAGACAAAAUACAAGAAAUUUCCAGAUAUAUAAUCAACCUAUUUGAGCUAUGGAAAUCUUAUGAUGAGAAAAAAGAUAUCCAAGGCUUACUAAAUAAAAUGCCUAAACCUAAAUUACAGCCCACCCGAUAAUAGUUUAUUUUUAUUAACAAUUUUUUUACUUUUUGUAUACUAAAACUAAUUUCUAUUUUUAUUUGAAAAUAGUUAAUUAUUACUAGUUCAUACUUAUAAUUUGUUUGAUACAUGUAAAAUAAAAAAUUUUAGUACUUUUCAAUUUAAAUUGAUUAUUUGGUAUUUUUUUUAAAUUAAAUAGAUAUUUUAGACUUUUGCCACCCUAUUCUGCGGAUAAACGAGAGCACACUGUUACUGUAGUUUAUAUAAAUAUAUAUAUUAUUACUAAAUGAUUUUGUAUUUACUUUAUAAUUUGUGUUCCUUUUGAAUUAUUUAAAUUGAAAUAAUUUUAUUAGUGAUUUCUAGGGAUAGGGACUU